GCGCUUAUCUACUCAAACCAGCGAUGCAACAUCUCACUCUGGUUGACAGUUGUCUCUACGCGAUCGCUCAAACCGCGGCGCUGAUCAAAAGAAGACCAUCAACUUGAUCAAAUGAAAACCAUCAACUUCAAUGUGACGACCAUCGGAAUCGCUCCAAAUUUGUGUUUUCACAUCACGACCUUUCCUGAUCCAAAUCAAACCCGGAAAAGAUACGAUGGCGUUCGUCCGAGUCUUGCUGCUCUCUCUGCAUCUUGUGGUCCUCACCAACAGCUACGCUCAGCAUUGCUCACUGCUGCGCAUUCCUCCUGCCAAUGUAGAGUACGCGUUGCUACACAUUAACUCAUUCAAUCCGGUCGAGGACAUGGGCAACUCCGCCUGCGAAUCCUUCGGCGUGCCCAAGUACAUGUGUGGCAACGUCAAGAAGGAGAUCCUGGAGACAAUGCAGGAAAUGGCUCGAUUGGCCAUUAGAGAAGGCGUCGUGAACGUGUCGCUGGAUCACUCCUUGACCUACGACAUAUUGAUGUUCGAUGAAGUGACUCAGGAACAAGUAAAAGCUCCCGAACCGAUUGUGGUCUACCCGGAGCAGCCGCUAGUCGAUACAAUAUCGGCGUAUUGCACACGUUUUAAACUGGACAAGCAAAGCUGUGAGAACGCCGCAGUUGGCGUUCGUGAUCUCUUGGCGAGAGAUUGGGGCUGCGAUGAUCCAGUCAAAGAUGAAGGGACAGAGUUCGUGGAGAUACCAGUUUUACUGGACCAACAAGAACAUCAAAUUAAGGUGGACAUGUCGAGCAAUGGCACCGUUGAAGCUGCGAAGUUUUGCUUGGAAAGGAAGCUUCAUAUCGCGGAAUGUGCAACUCUUAUUCGCAUUGUCCGUGAACAGAUCGAUAGUUUGAAAUCUAAACGAAACUCAAAGGAAGACGAUGGGCGCGUGAGUACUGGUGGGCGACGUCGACUCCGAGUGAAUAGCCCGAUAGCUACGCGUCUGUACCCGCAAUCCGAGCGCAUCUACGUUAAAGUGGACUGGGAGUAUGAGUUAGAGGAGGAAAAUGUUCCAGAAGAAGUAUGUCUCAACUCUGGCUACUCCACCACGCCAAUUGCGUGUUUUACUGUUCCUCAAACAACACCCCUAUACUUCUCUCGCGUUGCUGGGGAAGGCUACCACAUAUUAUACUUCACCAACAAGACUGAUAACGAGAUUUUGGCCGCCGCAGCUUUCCAAAUCGUGCUUCCUAAAGUGGACUUGAUGGAGGUAUUCACCGGGUCUAGCAACGCCAACAGCGACUUUCUGGUGGCGAAAAUCCGCACGACAUUUUUUGAUCCGUUCGAUCCUGCAUUCCGAGUCUGCGUCCUGCUCGACGACUCCUUCGACUGUCUGAACUCCGAGUGGAUGGUUGUCGACGAGCAAGAGUUACGUCAUGGCACACACAAAGAACCCAUGCAUCAAAGCGUGACCUUCCGGUCGCCUGUGGAUCACGUUCCAUUCACUGGUGCAGGUGAGCAUGAGAUGAGUGUCCUGCUUCUUAUGGAAAACAACAAGGUAGUGUAUAUUUCCAACACGUUAGCCUUCAGAGCUGAGCCAAGGGUAAAUUCCCCCGAAAUUACUUCAAGGCUGCACGUACUGGAUCCAAGACUGCACACUCCUCAACGUCCUAAACUUUGUCCAGAAAUACUGCGCUCAACGCCAAGCUUGCGCUGGAUCUGCGAUCUUUGGCGUCAUGAGUGGGGAAUAUACUCUCAGAACGGCGAAGACGGUAUUAUUCGUAAGAUAUUUCGACAUGUCGGCACGAAGAGCAAAUCGUACGUCGAAUUUGGCACUGAGAAUGGUCAGGAAUGCAACACGCGGCUGCUACGACAAAUUCACGGCUGGAAAGGCCUUCUAAUGGAUUCACGUCACGAAGAUGAAAGCAUCGAGUUACAUCGCGAAUUUAUCACUCGCGAGAAUUUCAUGCCGCUUCUUACUGAAAAAUACCGGAGACUUGUUCCUCAAGAUCUCGAUCUGCUGUCUAUCGACGUGGACUUUAACGACUUUUGGCUGCUCAACGCUGUCGACUUGACGCGUGUGUCUCCCCGUGUGAUAAUAGUCGAAGUUAACGCUCAUAUCCCACCGAACGAGGCUCGAACGGUACAAUACGAUGAUAGCGAGGAUGGAAGUGGCAGCUGGGAUGGGUUCUCGGCAUACUUUGGCGGUAGCGUAGCUGCAUUCUACCACUGGGGUGCUCGCAACGGAUAUUCCUUAGUGUACUGCGAGUCACACGGUGUUAACUGCUUUUUCGUGCGCAGUGAUGUUCUUGGUGCCAAUGUGUCGGCAGUGCUUGGCCCCGAGCAACUACAAAACCCACCAAACUUCUUUGGUCAAGGCUGGAGUUACCCAGAUACGUGGCAAUCUCACCACAAGUGGGUAUGGGUUUGAAUGUAUCUCUAUUCGCUGUGUAGUAUUGUGUACUGUCUUCUAUAACAGCCUGCCUUGCCAUCCCUGGUUCACCUUAAUCAUGACACUGGCGCAACAUGAGCUUGUUUCGAUAACCCAUUUAUCCCCAUGAGUAUCUUCGUCGUUCUUAAUUGCGUUGAAGUCGACAAUCCGGAGAAAGACCUGGCGCUGAUCCGUAAUAGCGCGUUCUACAACAGUGACAACAGCUCCGCAAGGAAUGCGCCCCACCGGUGCUGCUG